GCUUUGGGGAUCGGGAAGCGCAUGUGCUGGCUGGUGUGCUCGUGGUGCUGGGAGACCCAGCAACAAAAAAUCGCCAGACCAUGCUUCACGGUUCACCAUGCCUCGCGCCGUCACUUCCCCGAUUUGACAGCGGACAAUUGCCCCAGGGAUCGCAGCGAUCCAAUCGAUGAUCACGAGAGCCGGCAGCGAUGCGCCCUGCACUCGUCCGUGCCAGAGCCAAAAGGGCUUGACUUCAACUUGCAAAUCAUGUCCUUUGCUGCUGCUGCUGUUGCUGCUGGUGGUGCUGUUGCGGUUGCUGCACCACGGCCCCCCUCCCAGCCUGCGCUGCCCUCCCUGCCCUGGUCCUGGUCCUGGUCCUGGUCCUGGACGUCCGACUCCGCAAAUCCUAACUCACACGUCGCGCCAUACCCGUCUGGAUAAUCUUGUACGACCUUCUUCAGCUGUGCUGCAGCAUCCUGGCUCCUCAACCUCAACUCUUGGAAUUAACCCAAUUCAUGCUUUCUUCUUCUGCACAUACAUCCGCAAAGCAGGGUUGCCGGGCAAGGGUGGCACUUGGGAUCCCACCGACGUGUGGGCGUCCUAUCAGGCUGCCCCUUCAUUACUGAUAUUGUCAUGUCAGGCACUUUCCACAGCCUUCACCAUUCAGUUCAUAGGCGGAUCUUUGCGCCGCUGACUCGUUGUAUGUGAGGGGAUGAGAUUAAAGGCCCCACGGGCCCACGGAUGUGCACCUGCAUCUGAGGAGGAGGCCUGGAGGACAACGUUGUGAAGAGAUCCAAACACCACCCCUACGGAUGUCGAACCUUGAUCGUUGCGUGGGCGCCGUCGAUCACUCUCUCCCAUGUUUGAAGUGCCUUUCCGGGUCCUUGGGAGCCAGCAAUAAGUAAUGAGGCAGGAGCAAAGAUUGGACCGGGGGUAGCUCCAGUUUACGUGGGAUGUUUCUGCUCCCGACUGUGCAAUCCGAUCAGAAAUUCCUGGGCAUGCUCGCGGAUUGGUGGCGGCCCUUGAAGUUGGACUCCUGAAGGGGUCAUUGAUGUUCUGGUCCCUAGCUUUCGCUGCUUUCUGG